GCCCCAGUUUUUAAUGAGAAUCAUCGUGCCGUUCAGAGGUUGUUAGGAAAGGAUACAGUAAAAUGGAAGAAAAAAAAAAAGUGCUUAACACAGUGCUAGGAGUAUGGUCAAUAGUGAAAAACUGGUACCUACCAGUUUUGAACAGCUACCCUGAGGCUAGUGCUUUUUGAUGCGUUCACGUAAGGAUCGCUCCGUCCAUCUCCAGAAACAGAGAAGUCAAGUUCUGUCCUCGCGUCGUGAACCAGAUAAAAUCUCAGCUCAACGACUCCCAACUUGCCGUGGGCCAAGUCCCGGUCUGGCUCCCGCCCAAAGACUACAAGUCCCAGCAUGCCGCUCGCUGGGCCUCGACGGCCCCGCCUCUUCCGCGUUGGCCCGCACGUGGGCGCCGCUCUAGGCACCGCCUUCUCUCGAUGCUCCUGUCCUGGGCGCGCAAUGGAAACCGGCUGCUGGUUGCUUGGCGGCGAGUUCGAGGACUCGGUGUUCGAGGAGAGGCGGGAGAGGCGGCCUGGACCGCUUGCGUCCUACCGCGCCAAGCUCUGCGAGCCGCAGUGGUUUUAUGAAGAAACGGGGAGCAAUGAUGAUGUUGAAGCUCUGACUAUCCAGAAAUUCAAAGGGGACCUGGCCUACAGACGGCAGGAGUAUCAGAAAGCACUGCAGGAGUAUUCCAGUAUCUCAGAAAAACUGCCAUCUACGAAUUUUGCCAUGAAAAGGGAUGUCCAGGAAGGCCAGGCUCGGUGUCUCGUUCACCUGGGGAGGCACGAGGAAGCCCUGGAGAUUGCUACAAACUUGGAAAAUAAGGCAACUAACACAGACCAUUUAACCACUGUGCUCUACCUCCAGUUUGCUAUUUGUUCAAGUUUGCAGAACUUGGAGAAAACAAUUUUCUGCCUACAGAAACUGAUUUCUUUGCAUCCCUUUAAUCCUUGGAACUGGGGCAGAUUGGGAGAGGCUUACCUGAAUCUGGAGCCAGUGCUUGCAGCAUUGCUUGCGUCAUCUCAGAAACAGAACAGUUUCACCUCGAGUGACAAGGCUAUCAAAUCCUCUUGUCCCCACUCAGGAAAAGACUGUCUUUUGUGUUUCCCUGAAAUGUUGCCCGAGAGCUCUGCGUUAUCUGUGGAAACGAGCAGUGGUAAUAACCAGAAGAAUGAGAAAGCUUUAAAAAAUAUUCAAAACUGUAUGGCAGAAGAGAGAGCAGCAGUGUUGCUAGAAACUCAGAUGAAAGCCUGUGCCUCUUUUAUACGAACCAGGCUUUUGCUUCAGCUCGCCCAAUCUCAGCAAACAUCGUUUGCUUUGGAGAGGAACUUAAAGACUCAGCAGGAAAUUGAAGCUAAAAUGAAAGGGUUCAGCUUCAAAGAAGACACUUUGCUGUUGAUAGCAGAGGUUAUGGGUGAAGAUAUCGUCCCAGAAAAAAUAAGAGAUGAGGUUCACACAGAGGUGAAGUGUGUUGGCCCUGCAGCCCUGACUGCCUUGGUGAUCGCGUCUUCGAAAGAAUUUGAAGACAAGUGGUUCAGAAAGAUCAAAGACCACUUCUGUCCCUUUGAAAAUCAGUUCCAUACAGAGAUACAGAUGUUGGUUUAGUGGCCCCUUUCAAAACAGAACAAAACAUCUUGUAUUAAUUGUGCUGGUUUACUUCAGACAGAAUCCACUGCUAAUCAUGGAAUAUACUGAAUUAAAAACAAUUGUUUAUGUCUUAUAAAAAUGGCUUCUCUCCCAGCUUA